UCCUGCAGCAAACCGAUCCAGGGAGCUGGACUUUCCCCACCCACAAUGCAUCAUCGCUGCAAACCCAUCUCUAGCAUGCUUGUAUCCUGGUCGUGAUCUGAAGUCAUUGCCGCAUAGAAGCUCUUGCCAGUCUCAUAUUUUAAACCAUGAAAAUGGUGAAGUACUGAAGAUUAAAUGCACUCUGCAGUACAGUAAUCACACUUUAAGCGGGACGGGCCUUGCAUCAUGUCAUCCAACGACCAGGAUUUUGACUUUGAUGAAUAUGACAAACCCGGUGCUGAGCGGUCACGCAGAAGGAGAGGUGAAGAUCAUGAUCUUGAGAGUGAUUUGGAAGAGGAUUUGUUGGAAGAGGACUGGCUGUCAGGUAAAAAGAAUCCAUCAGAAAUGUCAGAUGAAGAGCUGAAUGAUGAUCUUCUCAGAAGUGAUGAUGAAGACGUAGAUCAAAGUGGUCAGGAUAUCAGCGUCAAUACCACAUAUACCCUGGGCACAUCCUAUGACCAGCAGGACAACUCACAGGAAGCAGACUAUACCGAUGACGUUGUGAACCUCGGUGCAGAGGGCUGCGAAGAAGGGGAUGUGGAGGAGGCGGAAGAGUACCAGCAAGAGGAUGAGGCAUAUACAGAGGAAUAUGGCCAAGAAGAUGGCGCAGAGAUUUCCGAAGACCAAAUGGGUUACGCUGGAGAGCCAGCAGAGGCUGACGACGACUAUCAGGAUGGUGUGCUAAACAUCCAAAUCAAUGAGCCUAUUGAUGGUGAAUUUCAAGAUGAAGAAUACGAAACCCCCUAUGGUGAUGAGCCUCUUGAUGAAGAUGGAGCCCAGCAGGAGGAGGGCGCAGGGGAGGACACAGAGGAGGUGGAGGGAAAUCAGCAGAAUGAAGACACUGCUGAAGGGAAUCGAGUCUAUGACAUGGAGGAGGGUGAAAAUGAGGCUGUGCGAGAAGAAGAAACAAAGGAGGAAUCGGAUGAAGAAGACGAGGAAGAUGAAGAGUCUGGCCGCAUAAGGUUCAAAUCUGAAAGAAAGGAGGGCGUUGUUGUGCGCCUGGCAGAUGCAGGCUCCAAAAGGCGGAACAUCCCUGAAACACUAGAACUGUCAGAGAAGGCCAAGCGAGAUUUGAUGGAAUUCGAGGAGCAAGAACGGCAGAAGAAACAAAAUCGUCACGGAGGCAGAGGCCGAGGUGGGGGACGAGGAGGCAGAGGAAGAGGAGGCUUCCCAGGGUUUGAAAUGGGAGACUAUAGAGGAGGAAACCGAGGAAGAAUGAACGACCAGAGAUUCCCCCCGAUGGGAAACAUGGGCUUGCAGCAGUCCUCGCGAAUGCUUCCUCCUCAUCAGUCUCAUCAGCAGCAGCUGCAUUCCCCGCAGCACCACCCCUCACGUCCAAGCGGACCGCCUCACUUCCAAGAUCACGGGCGUCCGCUUCCUCAGCAGCCCCUUCAGCCCCUCAUCCCUCCGCACAUGUCUCAUCGCUCCCCGCCGCUGCGACCUCAGAUGGAGCCGCCACCACGACUGAUGAAUUCCCCGCCACCCAACUUCCCUCCACAUCACCAGCAACAGGCUCCACAACCUAAGAACAUCCACAUUAACCCCCACUUCAGAGGGCCUGCAACGUCACCCGUUCAAGUGCCCUUGAUGCCUCCUGCUCAGAGCCAGCCCAGACCUGCUGUGGGUCCUCAGAGGUUCCCUGGACCGGGAGACUUUCAGCAGCACAUGCCUGGUAAUUUCGGUCAGCCCCAGCGGCCCCCUCAUCACAUGGAGCCUUUUAGGAACCAGCCACCUCAAGGCCCCCAGGACAGAGAACCCCUCUUUAUGGGAGAGCGCACAGAUUCAACACGGUUUCCAGGGCAGCACAUGUUUGAUCACCAGGGCCCCGGCCCUCUGAUGAACAGCAGCAACAACCUCCACCAGCAGCAGCUGCCCAGCCAGGGCCACAUGGGCUUCGGCCCACCAGGACCAGCCUUCAACCACCCGGGCCAGGGCCCGCUUGGACUGUUUGGGAGAGAACCCCCAAGACACAACAUCCCUCCCCACCAAAAUCACCCGGGAAUGGUGAACUUAAAUCAACAAGGUGGACCCCCCAACCAGCCCAGGCCUUUCAUGGGCCCUCGUCAAGCUUUUGGCCAACAGGGGAACCUUUUCCCUCCUACACAAGUUCCGUUUGGGAUGCAGGUACGACUAAGAGGCUUAAUGCACGGCCCUCCUGUUUCCCAGCUUCCACAUCAUGAUCCGCUGUCACCCCAUCAGCCCAUGCACCAGCAGCAGCAACACCAUAGGCAGGACUUACCCCACCAUCAGCAGCCGCCGCUAAAUCUCGGUGAGCCUCGCCCCAUCAUGCACCAUGGCCAGAAUCCUUUCCAUCAACAGCAGGGGCAUGGCAGCCCAAGGCAGAUGAAUCCCCGCCCUCUGAACCCCCAACAGCGCCACAUGUCUAACAGGCAGAGAAUGAACACACCUGUCUCCAAGCAAAUGCAGCAGCGCAACAGCAACCUACGUGAGCUCCCUGUAGCACCUGGCAACACAAACACGAACAGCGCCCGCCCUGCCACCACCCCCACCUCCCCCGCUGCCAACAUCAAGCCUGUUGCCAGGACAACACAGGGGAUGCGUCCUGGGCAGAACACUCAGCCGAUGCCUGACGGUGGCAAAGGAAGAGGCCAAGCUGUUGCGAAGACUGAAUCACAGCCUGAGGGAGCAGGCAGGACAGUUGUUCGCAAGGAAAUUCCACGCACGCCGUCCGGCGUGACACCACAGGAUCCUGAUGAGGAUGAGGAGACACGGCAGUAUCGUCUGAAGAUUGAGGAGCAGAAGCGUCUGAGAGAGGAGAUUCUAAAGAGGAAGGAGAUGCGACGGCAGAUGCAGGCUGGUGUCAGGAAGAAGGAGCUGCUUGAAAGACUUAAUGCCCAGGCACCAAGCCAAGGCACCACUACUACACAAGCUCAGCCCGAGCAAUCAAAUAAGCAAAUACCACACCCUGUACCUCCAGCACAACAACAGCAACAGCAGCAGCAGCAGCAGCAGCGGCAGCAGCAACCACCACCAGAACACAAACCACAACAGCAACUGCAACCACAACAGCAACUGCAACCACAACAGCAACUGCAACCACAACAGCAACUGCAACCACAACAGCAAAGACAGUUUCCUCAGAGAACACAACAAUCAGUAAAUCCCACAUUAAAGACUGGCAAUAUAGGUAACACCAUCCCUCCCAGCAGUGCUGCUCAGACCCCCGCGCCCCGUCCCAAUGUCAAGACACGGCUGCAGAUGGUAAAAGGCAGCAUUCAGCAGCAACAGCCUGCCCGGCCUGUUAAGCAACCCCAACAAAAUCAGCUGCAGCCAGUGCAGCAGCGAAGAAACAGCGCUUUGCAGAACGUAAACCGAUCUGGUGCUCCGAUCCAAACCGUUCAAGUUCCUCAAAGGAACGUACCUGAUACUCCUUCAGCGAGUCCAGCCCUGGCUCAGGCUCAAGGACCUAAACUUGGCGCUAAAAGAACUGUGAUGCAGCGGGCAAGGAGUACUAGCUUCGAGCGCCAGCAGGUGCCGCAAAAAGUCAGAGUCGUCAAACUUUCAGGAGCGAGUGGAAAGGGGCCUGAGGCCACAAGCAGCCCAGUACAAGAACAAGGCGCCUGGCCAGCAGCUACGCUCAACCAGGGCAUCCAAAGGAAAGUUACCAUGACAGGACAACAGCAACAGGGACCAGGUGGACCGUCACAGGCUAGCCGCGGGGGCAUGGGCAACCCACAACAAAACAGGGUUGUUGUGUCAGGCCGGGGCCGAGGUAGAGGGGGUAGCCAGAUGGGUCGAGGUCGUCCGAUGCCCACCAGACAGAGCCAAAAGACUGCUGAGAGUGAGCGCUGCACUGUGUCCAUUGAAGGCCUCUCCUCAUCUACAACCGAUUUGCAGCUUAAGAACCUUCUGAGGUCCAUCGGCCCAAUAAAGACUUUCAAAAUGGUGCCCCAGCAGAGGAAAGCAUUUGCUACAUUUUCCAGUCCCCAACAUGCAGCGAGUUUCCAAAUGAGCUUCCACAGGCACAUGAUUGAUUUGUCCCACAUUGAUGUGUCGCUGAUUGACGGAUGAGGAGCGUUAUAAAGCCAGCGGGUCCUUUUGCAAGAAGUCGCUCUCUCCCAACGCCGGAGGGUCUCCUGCACAGCUCCAACCUGGUCUACAGAUACUUCUCCAUUUCUUUUGGGGGUCACUAACAUUCAACGCCUCUGCACAUCAUUCAUCAAGUCGUCUCCCAUCGAGCUGGGACAGUGAACACAAAGACAUUUAGCUGAGAGCAUGCCUGUGUUUGACUUUUUCUACCAAGUGUCUGCAGUUGUGAAAAUGACACUGGAGAGAUACUGGAUACCUUCUGCUAUUUCAAUGUAGUUUGUGAUUAAUGUUUAUUUUGCAUCUGACAUGGACACUAUAAGUAGAGCUCAUCAUGGGAUAAUGGUUGCUCCCCUCUUUAGUGAAAUCCUUCGUGACAAAUGACACUUGAACGCUGUGAUUCUAACGUGACCACUUAAUAGAAUUUUUUAUGUUAUUAGUGGUGUGGUGCUCAUAUAGGGGGACUUGUUGUGGUGGGAUGCGGUCAGCCUGUUCAUGUAGUGGGUCUCCCCUGUCUGUAGAUGGCAGUAUUUUAUCACUAUUGGUGUUUCAGUCUUUCUCUCGUAGCCCUGCAUUCGGGUAGCUGUGAAGUCUGUUUUUUGGUCUAUGGCACUACCUAGUGGGGUUCCUGCAUAUAGGCGGAGAGGUGUCCUGGUUGUGAUGAUUCAAGAUGUCAUAGCAGUGACCAAAACCCAGCUGGGAUAGGCUGUGAUUAUUUUUUUGCUAAAUUGCCUGUGGUUUAAAGAAUUGUAAAUGUGGGCACUGAUGAGUUGAUUUCUCCUGUUUUUCAGUUUUAUUGUUGCUUACUAAGUCCUCUCUCUCUCUCUCUCUCUCUCUCUCUCUCUCUCUCUCUCUCUCUCUCUCUCUCUCUCUCUCGUUCAAGUUAGUUGGUUAUUACUCAGCUUUUAACUGUUAACUAGAAAACAUUGUGGAUGAACCUUUCAUGCCUUGUUUGACCUGCAUUUUAGUUGGAUGUCUGAUUAUGUAGUAGUUAGAUUUAGGUUGUGCCGAGUGUGCUUUGGGGCCGUGAGUAUGUAGACAUGUUUUUUGAGUUUUCUUUCUUUCUUUUUAAUGAGCUUGGCAGGGUAUUUGACAUUGUUGGUAGAUGGAAAAGAACUGUUUCCAGUUCUCUGCAGGAUAAACAGACAUUUCUGUGAAGUUCCUCGAGGAUACAUUCCUUACUCUCCUCUGGAAUUGGAAUAAGUUUGGAAAUAUUUACCCAAAUUUGAGUGACUAUCAGCUUAUUGAUCAGUAAGCUGCACAGCAGACUGUUUUUCCUUCACGCAGAGUGGUCAGAUUGGAUAAAAGAGGAGGAAAUAUAAACAAAAUUCACCUUAAUACUUUGCCCUGGAGACUGUAGAGAGAUACAUUUUCUAAAUACACUAAUUUCUCUUUUGUCAGUUUUACACAUUUUUUCCAAGGCAUCACUUACUAGCUCGUCACAUUUUAAAUUUUUUUUGUUAUUCAGAUUUUUUUCUCCUCAUCACAAAACAGUUUGUGUAUUGUAGUUGUAAAAAUGUGUUAAAAGUUUAAAUGCAGACGUUUUUUCACAUCGAAGACUGAAAUUGUUUUAUAUACAUUAUUCAAAGGGACGAGACAGAACAACGAGAGGGGGCAACCAUUACCCGCGUAGUGAUCAUGUGCAUAAGUCAGGCUUUCACUCGAUAUUUAACUCGUUAAAUUUUUUUGAGUUCACUCACGUUGUAUCAGGAAAAACAACUUUUAUAUGUAAAGGAUAUGCUGACGUGUCCAGAUAUAAGUCAUUUUUACAAGUAUUUUGUUUGUAUUUUCAAACGAGGAAUGACUGGACCACAUUUGUGUUAAACAAUACAUUUGACAAAAAGUUUAAGGUGAAAAGAAAAAACGAACAAAUAACCAAAAACAAAAGUGUAAAUAAAAAUAUGGCCAAUAUACCGUGAACAUGCAGGUAUGUGAAGCCACUUGAACUUUAGCCCAAAGACGUGUGGUUGUGUGUGAUGUCCAUGUGUUAUGUGCCUUUAUGAUAACGUAGUUUUCAUCUUCUGUGCCACACUUUCUACUCCUUUGUACUUUUUAACGUAUUCUGUAAGUUUGGGGGUUUUAACUAUGCAACAUAUGACGUAAAUGCGUUUGGAAACUUGCGUAUUUUCUUGGGAUGAACCACUUUUUUAAGUCAUUUUUGAUUUUGUAGGUUUAUAGACGCAAAAAAAACAAAACAAAAAAUGAGCAGUAUUAUGGCAAGAGAUACUACCUCAAAGUUGAAGGGGAAUAUCACUGAAUUUAUUUCCUUAAAUGAGAAAUUUUGGCCUGAAAAUUUAGCAUUGAGGUCAUCUGAAUGUGCAGCUCCAUAAAAUGAGAAGCAUUGCUACUCGGCUGGUAGGGAAAAGGUACGAGUUUUAUGCCAAAAAAAAAGGUCACCACUUUUAUUUUAUUCUUUUAAUCUGUCUGGAAGUCUGUUCCCAGCUGUGCCUCCAGGUGGCGCUACAGAUUAACCUCCCUGAUUUUGUGGUUUGAGAAAUGUGUACUGAUUGGCUUCUCUGUCCUGUCUGCAUGUGUUGAAUCACAUCACAAAUUUAGUGGUAUUUCCCUUAUGUUACUUGAAGUUACUAAUAAUCCAUAAAGGUUUAAAAUAAGCCACCAGUACAUUCUCAGCAAGUACCCAAAGUAUUCGAUCCCACAAAUUUCCUCUUCUUCAUAUAAACAGUGAAGUUGUGGCGUUUUUUUUAAAAUUAUUUAUUGUUUUAUUUAUUUUUUUGUAUGUUGCAGAAAUCUGGUUUAUUUAUGUUUUAUUCUUUUUUUGUUUGACAUUUUUGAGCUUUUUCUGUGUAUUGACGGUUAUGUAUUUAUUGUCUUUCAUGUUGUGGGUUACUCGCUCGAGUUUUAGUGCUACGCUAAAUCCUGUGGAUUUGAAAGAGUAACGGCAAUGCCAGGUCGUAGUGAUAUUGUUAUAAGACGUCAGGUCUUUUAAUACCAGAACAGAUUCAUAUUGAAUCUUAUCUGUACCUUAAUGUGAAGAAUUUCAUACAGACGUGUACUGUGAAUUUUUAAAAGUGAUUAAUUUUAAUUGGGGGGG